GCCGCGGCCCGCGCCCCCGCCCCACCGGCCCUCGAGCCCCGCCUGGCGGCCGCCGGCGCAUCUAACCGAUGACCCGAGUGGACUGCUUGCCCCGCCCCGCCUCGCCUCCUGGCCGGCCCCCCGCAGACCCCCGGGAGGGCCUGUCUCCCCGACUCUCCAGCGCUGGCCCCGAGCGUCUCUGCUGGAAUGCGGAGGGACUCCCCCGGGAAAGCCCCCGUCCGAAACCUGCGGCCGGAGGCGUAGGUUGCCGACCGGCCGCUCUGGAGACCCCCGCCCAGAGACCUCCGCUGGCCGGACUCCCCAAGAUCUUUUCUCGCCCAGACCGCUUACCUGGCGCGCGUUCACUGGCCCCCGUACGGGAGAGCAUGGCUGUGACCGCGGGAGCGCCCCUCGGUCCUGGCCCUCCGCCCCGGUUGCUGCGCGCUCCAACCGCAGCGCCGCGCGGUUCUGGAGGACGCCGCUUCGGCAGCACGGUUUAGCGGGGUGACCGUAGAGACAGAGGGUGCUUCAUUCUCUGGAAAUAAAAGUUGGAAAGGAUAUGACCCCCCGCCCUUGAGGAACCUGACCGUGUUCAUGGCAGGGCGUGUUAGGAACACCAGUCACGUUGGAUUAGGGCCCACCCUUAAGGCCUCAUUACAACCUACGGUCUCUUAGAAGACCCUGUCUCCACAUACGCUUACAUUCUGAGGUGCUGGGGGUUAGGACUUCGACCUAGGAAUCGCAGGGGACAGUCCAGCCCAUGACCGAAGGCUUAAUGGAGGAAAUGGCCUUGAGCUGAGCUUUGAAGGGUGAGCCCGAGCAUGGAGGGGCUGCUGCAUUACAUCAACCCAGCCCACGCCAUCUCUCUCCUGAGCGCCCUCAACGAGGAGCGCCUCAAAGGGCAGCUGUGCGACGUGCUCCUGAUCGUGGGGGACCAGAAGUUCCGCGCGCAUAAGAAUGUCCUGGCUGCCAGCAGUGAGUACUUCCAGAGCUUAUUCACAAAUCAGGAGAACGAGUCACAAACUGUGUUCCAGCUGGACUUCUGUGAGCCAGAUGCUUUUGACAAUGUGCUGAACUACAUCUAUUCUUCGUCUUUAUUUGUGGAGAAAGGCAGCCUUGCUGCUGUGCAGGAACUAGGCUACAGCCUGGGCAUCUCCUUUCUGACCAACAUCGCUUCUAAGACGCCCCAGGCCCCCUUUCCAACGUGUCCCAACAGAAAGAAGCCCUUCGCAGAAGACGAUGAGAACAGUUCUCAGAAGAGAAGCGUCAUCGUUUGUCAAGGUAGAAACGAGGCCCAGGGGAAAACCGUGAGUCAGAAUCCAGCCGACCUCGGCCACCCGCCCCGGCCCUCGCCCGGCCUCGCCGUCCAGGCCAACGCCAGUAAGGCCCCCGGUCCCAAGCCCACGGAGCCAGCGCACCACGUGGCGGCAGCUGAGAAGAGUCGGCCGAAAGAUGGCCCCGCGGGCCUCGCGAGGCCCCCCGAGCUCGCCGGGCCGUCGGAGGAGCCGAGCCGAGGCGGCCUGGCCAAGCGGGGCGCGGCGCCGCCUUCCAAGCCCCCGCAGGAGCGGGCGGCCGCGGACGAGAGGCCGGGCGCCGGCGCGCCGCCGCCCAGAGGCGCGGCCGUGGAGCUGGCGCUGCGGAGCCCGCGGCCGCCCGUGCUGUCUCUGCGCGGCGCCCCGGAGACGCCCUUCCUGCUGAAGGAGGCGGGCCGGGGCGGCGGGCCGGGCGAGGACAGGAACCUGCUCUACUACUCCAGGCUGGGGCUGGUGAUCCCGGCCGGGGGGCCGGCGCCCGGGGGCCAGGGCGUGGACAGGAGCGGCCCGCUCGUCAAGAGCCUCCUCCGCCGCUCGCUGUCCAUGGACAGCCAGGUCCCCGUCUUCGCGCCCGCCGCCGACCUGCCGCCCCCGCCGGGCUCGGGCGACGCGGCGGGGCGCGCGCUCGGCGCCUUCUCUCAGGGGCCGUCCUCCAGGGACGCGAGCGAGGCGGCCGCCCCCGACGCCCGGGCGCCGGCCCCGCAGCCGCACCGCCUCAGGUCCUUCAGCGCCUCUCAGCCGGCGGAGCGGCCGGGGGCGGCCCCCGGGCCCGAGGUGCGGGUCAAGGCCGAGCCGCGCAGCCCCCCGGAGCCCGGCGACAUCAUCCGCGUCACCGUGGGGGACGCCGCGGCCGCCACGAGGGACCUGGUCCCGCAGGCGGACGACGACCGGCAAGACGCGAGCCGACUCCCGGCCAAGAGGCGGUUCCAGGCGGACAGGAGGCUGCCGGCCAAGCAGCCGAAGGCCGAGGGCCGGGGCUCGCCGGGCGCGGGAGACCCCCGUGCGGAGCGCUCGAGCCCGCCUCUCCUCGAGGCCGCCUUCCCGGCUUCUGACUUGAGCAAGGACGAAUUCGGCGAGCUGGAGGGAGCGAGACCAAACAAAAAAUUUAGAUGCAGACACUGCCUUAAGAUCUUUAGAUCCACGGCCGGCCUUCACCGGCACGUGAACAUGUACCACAACCCCGAGAAGCCCUACGCCUGCGACAUCUGUCACAAGCGCUUUCACACCAACUUCAAAGUGUGGACGCACUGCCAGACGCAGCACGGCAUCGUGAAGAACCCGUCCCCGGCCGCCAGCUCGCACGCCGUUUUGGACGAGAAGUUCCAGAGGAAGCUGAUCGACAUCGUGAGGGAGCGGGAGAUUAAGAAGGCCCUGAUCCUGAAGCUGCGGCGCGGCCGGCCCGGCUUCCAGGGCCCCGGCGGCUCCCCCGCGCAAGCCAUCAAGAGGAGCCUGAGGUCGCGGGCCAAAGGCGCGUACGUGUGCACGGCCUGCGGGAAGGCCUACCGCUUCCUCUCCCAGCUCAAGCAGCACGUGAAGAUGCACCCGGGAGAGAAGGCCCUCGGGGCCGGCAGGGCCGCCAGGCCCAGGGAGCGCGCGGCGCCCGGGGGCCCGGCGGGCGGCGGCUCGGAGCUCUACCUGUGCCGCCUCUGUAACGCCAAGCUCUCUUCUCUCCUAGAGCAGGGGAGCCACGAGCGCCUGUGCCGCACGGCCACCGUGUGCCCCUACUGCAGCCUCAGGUUCUUCUCGCCCGAGCUCAAGCGCGAGCACGAGGGCAAGUGCGAGUACCGCAAGCUGACCUGCCUGGAGUGCAUGCGCACCUUCAAGUCGGCCUUCAGCAUCUGGCGGCACCAGGUGGAGGUGCACAACCAGAACAGCAUGGCCCCGGCCGCGGGCGCCUCCCCGCCCCGGCCCGACCUCAACGGCGAGGCCAGCGGCCCGGCCCGGCCGCAGGCCCUGCCCGAACCCGGCCGGGCCGACCCCGCCGCCGCCGCCGCCGCCGCCGCCGAAGACGACCCCGCGGGCGGCCACGGCCCCGAGCCCGUGAACUUCGACCCGGAAGACUCGCCCUGCCUCCCCGAAGACCUCAGCCUCUCCAGGCCGCUGAAGGUCCAGGUCAAAGAGGAGCCGGCGGAGGGGGCCGAGGAGGAGGCGCCCGAGCCCGGCGCGGCCCCCAAGGACCUGUGGCCGUGCGAGAAGUGCGGCAAGACCUUCCCGGCGCCCAAGCAGCUGGAGCGGCACCAAGAGCUGCUGUGCUCCGUGAAGCCCUUCAUCUGCCACGUCUGCAACAAGGCUUUCCGCACCAACUUCCGGCUCUGGAGUCACUUCCAGUCCCACAUGGCUCAGGCCGCCGAGGACCCGGCGCACAGGGAGCCCGAGGUGGGCCCGGGCCCCGCCGGCUCCCCGUCGCCGCCCCCUCUGCCCCCGCCACUGCCCAAGAUCCAGCCCCUGGAGCCCGACAGCCCCACGGGCUUGCCCGAGAGCCCGGCUCCCAGCGCCGACAAGCUCUUCGCGGCCCGGGAGUCAGACACGCUGUUCUACCACGCGCCACCCCUCUCCGCGAUCACGUUUAAAAGACAGUUUAUGUGCAAGCUCUGCCAUAGGACAUUCAAGACGGCGUUCAGUCUCUGGAGCCACGAGCAAACCCACAGCUAAAAGGCCGCCCGCCUCGCUCCUAGGAGACCGGAGCCCCUCGCCGGAUUUCAGCCUGUGUCGUGAGCUGUGUCAUAAGGAACAAAAUAUCUUUCCGAAAGGAGUGAUAAAGGUUGCAAACUGUCGCCCUUGAAUAUAAGUUUGAGGUGAACUGAUGUUAAUCAGCAAUGUCCUUACUCAACCUAGAAAAACUCCAAAAAACCUUGUGCUUCUGGACCUUACAGUCACAGGAUGACUUGACUUCAUUACUGUUGAAAUUUGUUCUUGGUCGUCUGCAUGGUUCCUCAUUCCAUGGUAUCACUAUAAUCUUUUACUUGAGGUGGUUUGGUUUUUUUUGUUUGUUUUUACUGAUUUGCAAUUAGUGAGACACUGUUCAAGUAUUUCUUCUUUUGAUUCUCUUAAGACGCCUAAGUUCUGGUUAAAUCUCAGCCGUGUUUGUAAGUCCGAAACGUAUCGGAACGAAGUGGAGUAGUUUGCAGUAUUAAGAUCUUAGAAUACUUCAGCAAUAAAAAAGAGAUAAACCUCAACUUUAAUAAGUUAUCCUGACACUUGAUAAAAAUAAAUAUUUGGUAUUUUGUGGUCAUUGAGAACUUUUUUUGGUAUGAAAAUUGUGAGAAGCAUAAAUCAGCAAUAGUAAUACUUAGAUUUUUAUAGAAUAAUGAAAACUCGCUCUUGGGUCAUUUCAUAUAAUUAGUGAUGGACGGCUUGGGAAGUGAAAACAUUAAGAUUUCUGGAAGCCCUCCACGUCGGUUCCAAAGCUUCGGUCGUGGCGGGCAUGGUAAUCGAAAGCGCUCCGUCACGGCUCUGAAUCCAGACCAGCA